UCCACACUUCAGUUGAACAACCAUCACGAUCUGGACUCGGAAUGUGCGACAAAUGAGAGAAUCUUCAGAAAAGACAUUCAAAGGGGAAGUAUGUGAAAUGCAAUAUCCAACCUAACUGCGUCGCUUUCCCAGGGGUGGUCGCAGCAUAGGUACAAUACCAGGCUCCUUCCUUCCUAGCAACACAACGACUCACACUUUCGCAACCGACGAUUUCGAAGCGCUUAUAUCGACAACAUGCUCGAAAACUUCGCCUUCUUCCCAGCUCUGCCUCGCGAGACCCUCUUCUAAAUGUGGGAGCAUCUCCUCUGCUCUCGAGUCAUGCGAUGAGAUCCCUCCCGAACAUCUCACAGACCUCACAACCCUCGUGGACUACAACCGUUCCCACGACGUCUGCGCUCGCUUCUACACCUCCAACAUCGAACCUUCUCCCCUCUCCUCCGCCUGCGCAGAGUCCCGCGCUUUUACCUGAGGUGGUACGAGACAUGAAAGCUCAAGAACAGGGAGUACAAGACGAGAGGCGUGAUGUGGAAUCCUGAUAUCGAUGCCGUUGCCUUCUUGGGUGGCAGGACGGGUCGUUGGUGCAGUUGCACAUGGCUAUCUUCCCAGAGCAAUCCAUCACUGAGGCCCCAUAGCAUUCGGACGAUUUCAAUGCCUGCCGGUUGCUUCCCAUCGAUUCGGGAGACUCGGUGUGGGCCCGGCGAAUAUCUGGCACAUGAAAGGGAGAAGGCAUCUAGUACGGAGUGCCGUUUGGGGGUUGGGCGGCUGGAACAGGUGGUCGUGAGCCAAGAGGAUGGUUUGUAUGCACUGCCAUUUUGUAUCCACUUUUGGAGAGUUGGUGUUCUCGAAGAACCUUGGAGUGCAAGAUUCGUUGUCCCUCAUCCCGUGACGUC